AUGUCUUCUCAAGAAUGUGCAACUCCUUGCAAAUGUCACUAUGUCCAACAAUGGAUAGACGAUCAUGCUAAAUAUUUCGGACACCCUGUAUCUAAACCUGAACAGCCUCCUCUGGUCACACGAAUCGCUGACCUCACGUUCCCACAAUCAAAUUUUACCAAUGCAUCACAUAUAACCAAUCAUUUCACGUUUGUGCAACCACCAUACAAGAUAUCGCCAGUCGUACCACCUCUACCACCGAUCAGGAAAACACAUACCUGA